GCCCUGGCAGAGGUUCAAAAGUGGGAGCAGGUCCCGCCCCUUGUUGGCUCAGGAGGCUUAAAAGCACCUUCGGUGAAUGGAAUUGCUCAGAGCACUCUCUCUUUGCAGCCCAGACCUCCCAACAUGAUCCAGUGCCGUCCAAUCCUCGCUCUGUCCGCCUUGCGGUGCCUCGCCUUGCUUCUCCUGCUUGGGAUCACUUGCCAGGUUCAAGCGGCCCCCAUGACCGGAGAGUUGCGCUGCCGGUGCAUUCAGAAGGUUUCCGAGAUGAUUGCGCCCAGGCACUUUGCCAACAUAGAGCUCACCCCUGAAGGUCCCCAUUGCCCCGUCUCUGAAGUCAUAGCCACCUUGAAGUCUGGGAAAGAAGUCUGCCUGGAUCCCACUUCCCGAUGGGUCAAGUUGAUUAUCAGUAAGAUUCUCAAACAGGUGAACACUAAGCUCUGAAGGAAGCACUGAAAAUGGAUUUGGAGCUAUCAUUACAGAUCACUGUGCGAGAGACAGAAAAGGGAUGAAGUACUUGUGAAGCCUGUGUUGGAAAAGCUGGAACUGAGUUCUGCUUCUGAUGUUCAUAAAAAAUCAAACUGUUCAACUGCAGCACUGCUAUUUUCUACUUGUAUUUAUUACUAAACCUCAUUUUAAAAAUGUAUUUAUGGCUCCUUUUUGUAAUACCCAUCUGAUCAAAUCAGAGUUCUAUAUGCCCGUGUUAUGCAUGCUGUGAAACUACCAACUUCAAGAGGCUUUGUUGGCCGUGCUGUUUGAGGCAUUCUGGAAGAGUAAUCCAAAAGAAAUAUUUUCAGAGCUCUUUUGGAUGUAUAGCUCUAUAUAUUUUAGUUGUUGUAAACCUACUGUGACUUACAAUAAGCAUAAAGAAGGAUGAAAGUAUAAAUGUGCUUAAUAUAUCAGUAAAAGUCAGUGUGGUGUAGUCAUUUGAGUGAUGGAUACCAGGGUUCAAAUCGCCACUCAUCCAUGGAAACCCACUGGGUGACUUUGGUCAAACCACAUGCUCUCAGGCCCCAUCUACACUGUCCAUUUAAUGCAGUUUCAAACUGGUAUUGAACAAAGUAGUUUCAGUGGGUUGUUUUAGGUUUUUCCGGGCUAUAUGGCCAUGUUCUAGAGGCAUUUUCUCCUGACGUUUCGCCUGCAUCUAUGGCAAGCAUCCUCAGAGGUAUUGAGGUCUGUUGGAAGUAGGAAAAUGGGUUUAUAUAUCUGUGGAAUGACCAGGGUGGGACAAAGGACUUUUGUCUGCUGGAGCUAGGUGUGAAUUUUUCAACCUAGUAGUUCACCAUGCAGAUUAUGUAGGAAAUCUUGAACCCAGUUUGAUGCCUGGAUGGUGAUUACAGAAACCAUAGAGCACCAAUGUACGUUAAGGGAUUUCUUUUGUGUAAUGUAUUGUCGAAGGCUUUAAUGGCUGGAAUCACUAGGUUCUUGUGGGUUUUUUCGGGCUAUAGAGCCAUGUUCUAGAGGCAUUUCUCCUGACGUUUCGCCUGCAUCUAUGGCAAGCAUCCUCAGAGGUACUUUAGUGAGUUUGUUGUCUGGCCACACUGCAUUAAAUGGUCAGUAAAGAUGGGGUCUCGGCCUCAGGAAGACAAGGGUGAUCCCUCUCUGACAAAUCUUGCUAAGAAAACCCAUGAUAUGCUUUCACUAGGAUCUCUUUAUAUCAAGAAAACUGCUAUCUGGCAAGACGUUCUUCUGGUGUUGAUCUUGUCUACUUCAUUGGGAAUUUGGUUGUUGUAGGUUUUUUCGGGCUAUAUGGCCAUGUUCUAGAGCAGGGGUCUUCAAACUAAGGCCCGGGGGCCGGAUACGGCCCUCCAAGGUAAUUUAUCCGGCCCUCACUGAAAUGACUUGAAAGCACACGACAACAACAACAACAAUCCUAUCUCUUCAGCCAAAAGCAGGU